AUGGAUCGAGAGGCCUUAAUUCAUUUCAUUGGUGGUGCUGUGGGUGGGACAUUUGGUACCUGUUUCACCUGCCCAUUGGAGGUCAUAAAGACUCGGCUGCAGAGCUCAAAGCACCCGAACCGAAGUCCCAAUGCCUCCAACAACUCUUCUGGGUCGACCAGAAGUACGAUGCCAUCGACUUCAUCAGACAAUGGUCGAGCCCGAUUCGUAAAACCCCGUUUCCCGGUCGAUUAUGGAGCAAUAAUACGGGCGAACAACGGGAUGGUUUUUGUAAAACCCAAUUGUAAGUUAUUUCAUUUCUUUUCUGUUGGAAUUUAGGUCUCACUUCAGUCCAAGCAGCACCCGUCACACCUCUAUCACAGUUGCUUUCACUCAGGUAUUAUGGGACGAGCCCUCCGGCCCGAUCCACCACCUUCACCUUGAUCCGAAUAAUCUCGUAAGAAGUCGGCUGAAAACUCGUAUAAGAUACGCUUUAUAGAGACAUAGUCCGUACUGAAGGGAUCAAAGCCCUUUAUAAGGGUUUGUUGCCAAAUGUGAUAGGAGUAGCGCCUUCCAAAGCCAUCUACUUUUACACUUAUUCUUCGGGUAAAAGAGCUAUGAACGAGUCUCAAUUCUUCGUCCCCAACAGUGCCAUCACCCAUAUGAUGGCCGCAGGGUUUGCUGGUAAGUGUGGUUAACUGAAAUAUUUUAUAAUCCCUUUCAUCUUUUCACAUUUUCGGUGUGGUUGCUCUAUUGAUAACAAGUUUCUUUCCAGGCUUUGUAACCGCAACUGCCAUCAACCCGGUUUGGUUAGUAAAGACCCGUCUUCAACUCCAUCAAGGUCCUCUGACGGUCAGAAAUUGUAUUAGGAAGAUCUACAGAAGCGAGGGACUCAAAGGAUUUUACAAGGUAAGUUAGUUUUGGAUAGUGUCUUGAUGUUUAGGGAGUUACUGCGUCAUACAUGGGGAUUUCGGAGACGAUUAUUCAAUUUGUACUCUAUGAGCACUUCCGCCAAAUCAUUGAUGAGAUCGACUUCCAUCAGGAAAACACACGCUUCGCUAAUUUUAUGCUGGCUGGAGCUGGGGCAAAGUUUUGCGCUUGUAUCAUGACAUAUCCACACGGUAAGAUGCCUGGUUCUUUAAUUUUUUUAUCUGAUCAUGAUGAAUGAUAUAAUAUUGGAAUUGUGAUUGUAGAAGUGGUCCGCACCCGACUUCGUGAAGAGAACACCAAAGCCAAAGGCUUCUUUACGACUCUGAAGCAAUUAUACGGCGAAGGAGGCACCAGGCAACUUUAUAGAGGCCUCUCGGUUCAGGUAGGUAGUACAAUGUAAAUGACAUUGAAGUUAUAUUUGCAGCUUCUCCGUUCCGUCCCCAACACUGCCAUCACGAUGGGCGCGUACGAAGUAGUGGUCUACUUCCUCCAUAGGUACAUUUAA